CGCGUGUGUGCGUCUGAGUCGCAGGUAAACAGGCUCACCGAGAAACCGUUCCGGCGCCGCUUGGUUCCGGGGUAAAAAGAUGGCGUCCGCCGUGCUGAAGGUUGCAGUGGCAGGUCUCUCCAGAUGUUCCCGUCUCACACUCCUGAGGGCUUAUUCAAUGACAGCAUCCCUCCAUCAGGGCGUUCCCUCAUCUCUGUGGAAGCUGGGGAGGCUGAACCACAUCGCGAUCGCUGUCCCCGACAUGGAGAAGGCCACGGCUCUGUAUCGGGAUGUGCUCGGGGCCACGGUGAGUGACAAGGUGCCCCUGCCCGAGCACGGUGUCUACACCGUGUUCGUGGAGCUCGGCAACACGAAGCUGGAGCUGCUCCAUCCUCUGGGGGAGAAGAGUCCGAUCGCUGGCUUCUUACAAAAGAACAAGUCUGGAGGGAUGCACCACAUUUGUAUCGAGGUGGACAACAUCAACGCUGCGAUAGCUGACCUGAAAGCUAAGAACAUCAGAACUCUGUCAGCAGAGCCCAGGAUAGGUGCUCAUGGGAAACCAGUGAUGUUUCUUCAUCCUAAAGACUGUGAUGGUGUGCUGGUGGAGCUGGAAGAAGCGUGAAAACCUCAGUAUGGCCGGGACUGUGGUCACUGUUAAUUCACCAUCACAUAUUCCAGAGUGCAUCUGAUUAUCAACAAAUGUUGAUUUUGUAAUAUUGCUCGUUGUAGCACUCAUUUCAGAAAAGUGCCUCACUGUUGUUCACAGCUGUUCUUGUUGGGAAUAAAUUACAGACUGGUGUGUGUUAUGAAACUUUCCAUAAAGUGUAUUUCCAGU